AUGGAGCUAGGAAAAGGAAACCCUCAGCAGAUAAGGCAAGUGCUGCUUUUCUUUGUUUUCCUGGGAGGGUCUUUGGUGAGUUCAGAGACCUGGCGAUAUUCUGUAGCAGAGGAAGCGGAGAUCGGCUCCUUUAUAGGCAACGUGGUGAAAGACAUAGGUUUGGGUGUGGAAGACCUGGCUGCACGGGGGGCCAGAGUCAUCUUUGAUGAUUAUAAACCACACUUGCGGUUGGAUCUGCAGACUGGCAACUUGCUCUUAAAUGAGCAACCGGACCGGGAGGCACUUUGCGAUCUUACCGAGCCAUGUAUAUUGCAUUUCCAGGUAUUACUUGAAAAUCCUUUGCAAUUUUUUCGGGCUGAGCUUUGGGUUGAAGACAUAAAUGAUCACACUCCCACGUUCACAGACAAACAUAUACUUCUGAAAAUCUCAGAAAGCACUGCUCCGGGAACCUCGUUCCAAAUGGAUAGCGCUCAGGACUUGGAUGUAGGAAAGAAUGGUGUCCAAAACUACACAUUAAAUCCCAAUCUUCAUUUCCACCUUAAACUGCAAGACAGCGAGGACGGUAGAAAAUACCCAGAGCUGUUACUGGACCAACCUCUGGAUCGAGAAAAGGAGCCUGAGCUUAGAUUAACGCUUACAGCCCUGGAUGGCGGGUCUCCACCGAGGUCUGGAACUACAUUGGUGCGUGUGUUGGUCUUAGAUAUCAAUGACAAUGCCCCACAGUUUGAGAGGUCCGUCUAUGAGGUUCCGAUACCAGAAAACAGCCCUCUGGACUUCUUGGUCGUCAGGGUAUCUGCUACAGAUUUAGAUACAGGAAUAAAUGGAGAACUAUCUUACUCAUUUUCCCACGUUUCCAGAGACAUACAGAAGACAUUUGAAAUCCAUCCAAUUUCUGGUGAAGUCCGUUUAAAAGCGUUUCUGGAUUUCGAAUUAGUUCAGUCUUACACAAUAAAUAUUCAGGCCAUUGACGGUGGGAGCCUUUCAGGAAAAUCAGUAAUUUUAGUCAGUGUUGUAGAUGUAAAUGACAACCCACCAGAAGUAGUCGUAACAUCUCUUACCAGCCCCAUACCAGAAAAUUCAUCGCCUGAAAUGGUGGUCGCGGUUUUUAGCCUCCGAGACCAAGACUCUGGAGACAACGGGAGGAUGGUUUGCUCAAUUCAGGACAACAUUCCGUUUCUCUUGAAGCCUAAUUUCAAGAAUUUCUACACCUUGGAAACAGAGAGCCCACUGGACAGAGAGAAUAAAGCCGAGUACAUCAUAACCAUCACGGUCACUGAUAUGGGAACCCCCAGACUGAAAACCGAGCACAACAUAACCGUGCUGGUGUCCGACGUCAACGACAACGCCCCCGCCUUCACCCAGACCUCCUACACCCUGUGGGUCCGCGAGAACAACAGCCCCGCCCUGCACAUCGGCAGCGUCAGCGCCACAGACACAGACGCGGGCGCCAACGCCCAGGUCACCUACUCGCUGCUGCCGCCCCCCGACCCGCUCGUGCCCCUCGCCUCCCUCGUGUCCAUCAACCCCGACAACGGCCACCUCUUCGCCCUCACGUCCCUGGACUACGAGGCCCUGCGGGCCUUCGAGUUCCGCGUGGGCGCCACCGACCGCGGCUCGCCGGCGCUCAGCAGCCAGGCGCUGGUGCGCGUGCUCGUGGCGGACGCCAACGACAACGCGCCCUUCGUGCUCUACCCGCUGCAGAACGCCUCGGCGCCCUGCACCGAGCUGGUGCCCAGGGCGGCCGAGCCGGGCUACCUGGUGACCAAGGUGGUGGCGGUGGACGGCGACGCGGGCCAGAACGCCUGGCUGUCGUACCAGCUGCUCAAGGCCACGGAGCCCGGGCUGUUCGGCGUGUGGGCGCACAACGGCGAGGUGCGCACGGCGCGGCUGCUGAGCGAGCGCGACGCGCCCAAGCAGCGGCUGGUGGUGCUGGUCAAGGACAACGGCGAGCCGCCGCUGUCGGCCAGCGUCACGCUGCACGUGCUGCUGGUGGACGGCUUCUCGCAGCCCUACCUGCCGCCCCCGGAAGCGGAAGCGGCGGCCGCGGCGCCGGCCGACCCGCUCACCGUCUACCUGGUGGUGGCCUUGGCGUCGGUGUCGUCGCUCUUCCUCUUCUCGGUGCUGGUGUUCGUGGCGGUGCGGCUGUGCAGGAGGGGCGGGGCGGGCUCGGCGGGUCGCUGCCCGGUGCCCGAGGGCCACUUCCCGGGCCACCUGGUGGACGUCAGCGGCACGGGGACCCUGUCGCAGAGCUACCAGUACGAGGUGUGUCUGUCGGGAGGAACUGGGACCAGAGAGUUCAAGGUUCUGAAGUCUGUUGCCUCCAAUCAUCGGGGGUCCAUGAUUAAUGUAGAAGAAAACUCAGACUUUCUAAAUGGUUUUGGAUUCAAUUAG